AUGUUGUUUCCGUCGAUUAUUUAUUCUUUAGUUUUUUCGCUGUGUUUUGCUGAUUUCGAUGAGACACUGCUCUAUUGCAAAACUUCGCCGCCUAAAUUAACAAAUGGAUUAAUAAAACGUGAUCGAGUUUCAUAUUAUAAAGGGCAAGGCUACAUAGGUAGCAUGGAAUAUGCAUGUUUACCAAAUUUUCACCUAAUUGGAAAUAAAAUUGUAACAUGCAAAAAUGGUACAUGGUCGAAAAUGGCUCAAUGUCUUCGCACUGUAAAACAUUGUUCACCUAUUGAUAAUUAUCCAUCGAAUACAAUAAUUGAAUCGAAUAAUCCAACACUUUUUCAAAAUGAUCCUCAACAGAUUGUUGUUGGUUCUACGAUUACUCUACGUUGUAUGGAUAAUUAUGAAUUCGAUUCUAAUUCAAAAGGAUCUCUUACUAUUCAAUGCCAAAAUGAUGGGACUUGGACAGCAAUGCCUAGUUGCAAAUAUGUUCAAGUAGCGUGUGAUUAUUCGAAAUUAUAUUUACCGCAUCGAUCUCGUAUUACUCAAAUGAAUUUUAAAUUUUCAGAACAUAGUCGACAAUUUCAUGUGGUUGGCAGCAAUCUUGAAUAUACAUGUGAAGAAGGUCAUCGUUUACAUGAUGGUAAAACAUCUAUGAUCGUCGAAUGUUUAAACACCGGUCUAUGGUCUCCAUUACCCGUUUGUGAAUUUGUUUAUCAAAUUAAACAAAGUACACGAUGCAAUUAUCCUAUUUACAUUAAAAAUGGUUUUCUUACUUUGUACAAUGUGACUAUUUGGGAGGACCAAAAAUAUACGGGAAGAAUUGUCUAUGAAUGUAAUUAUGGUUAUGAAACAUUACACGGUACCGAUCAAAUUGUAAGUGACUGUAUAAACGGGACAUGGACACAUGUCAACGACUGUUUUGGUGAGUGUAACGAGAAAAAAUUUAGUGCAGGAAAUACACAUAGAAUCGUACGCUUUUUUUCAGAAAUAUCAACAUGCCCAAAACAAGAUUUGCUUGACAUUGAAUCUCAAGUUCAAAAUUCGUAUGUUCAUAAUGUUUCACUUCAAUAUAUUCGGGAUCCAUUAGCAUUUGUCUAUAAUUCAUAUGUUCUUCGAAUUUGUUUACCGAAUUUUGAACAUGAUCCUUCGAGUCCACCAUUAAAAAUAAAAUGUCAACGUCACGAAAAUACUUGGACGGGUAUACCGAUCUGCCGAGCAAUUAAAACGACAACACAAAUGAUAACAAGUAUACAUGAAGAAUACCCAACGAAUAACGAUCCAGAAGAAGAUUACACAAUAAGUUCAACGGUAAAUCAAUUUCAAACAACAAUAGACAAUGAAAAUUAUACGACAGUACCCGAUGUUACUCAUACAAUCGUUUGUAAUUCACAUGAGAUUCCUCUUAUUCCGAAUUUAAUUUUAAUCGAACCAGAAUUAAAUGUUACAUAUAGUAUUGGUACUAAACUUUUCCUUAUGUGUCAAUCAGGAGAUGAAUCUUCAUUUGAUAAAUCAAGUUUUAUUACAUGUUCUAUGGAUGGCACAUGGUCUACUGAUGCAAUCAAUAUUUCCAAGUGUCAAUCGCCAAUGGAAACUAUUGAACAAGAUUUUUUCGCAUUUUCAACAAUGCCAUCUCAUACAACGGAAGAGAAUAAUACGACUGUUAAUCUAGAUGAGCAGUUACCAGCCAUGAAUAUAACAAAUGAAAGUAGUUUCAUUUCAACUGUUGCUAACCGACAAAUUCGUCACACGAUGUCCUAUUGUAAAGAAAUACCGAAAAUAGAGCAUGCUCAAUUGUUAAGUGAUGAUACUCUAAAACAUAAUGCCAAUCAUGAAAUAACUUAUAGUGGCUCAAUUUUAUUUGUUUGUCAACAUGGUUUUGCAAGUGAUGUCGGUGGAAAUGAACCAUUUCGAUUAACAUGUCAAAAUGGUGCGUUUCAUCCGAAAAUAAUUUGCAUUGAAAAACCUCGAUGUUCACUUCCGCCACCGGUCGAUCCAAUUCGAAGUUCAACUAUCGAUUCUCUGAUCAAUGUAUUCGAUACAUCGAUCAAUGAGGCUAUUCCUGGUUCUUUUAUUGUUCUCAAUUGUUUGGAUAAAACAACUGGUGAAAAUUCAGUUUUUAACAUGACUUGUCUUGACGAUGGUCAAUGGUCAUCCCCGCCAUCUUUAUGCAUCACUCCUUUCAAACGUCGUUGUCAAAGUGGAAUUACUAUUCCCAAUGCUCGAACGCAAAUUUUUGCAAAAUUAACAACUGAAGGUUACUAUGAUGAUGGUAGUAGAGUUACUUAUCGAUGUCUCGAGAACUUUGUGCAUGAUCGGCAAUCAGGACCAUUACAUAUUCAAUGUCGAAAUGGACGAUGGGGGCCCCGCCCAAUAUGUAUUCACAGUGGUUGUCUUGAACCCAUGCCUGAUACGAUUGAACAAGGUUGGAAAAGCGCUGAAUCUUAUAUAAUACAUGGUGACGUGAAAUAUUAUCAAUUAACCAGAUAUUCAUGUCAUGAAAAUACAAUGAUCGCUAAUACAACUUCUCACGUUAUUGAUAUUCAAUGUCAACAUAGCGAAUGGGAAUAUGAAUCAUUACCUAUGUGUCAACGACAAGAAUAA